AUGGGUGACGUAGGCGGCUGGAGUACUAUCGAGUCUGACGAGGGUGUAUUCACAUCCCUCAUCGAGACUCUAGGCGUGCAAAAUGUCCAAUUCGAAGAGCUCAUCUCACUCGACGCAGACACAAUACGCUCCCUUGGUUCCGUCUACGGAGUGAUCUUCCUAUUCAAAUGGACCCGCGAAGCAGCCGGGGCUCGCGCGGAGGCCCCAAUCGACGGCACAUAUGACGAGACCGCAGCAGAGAACAACGUCUUCUUCGCCGCGCAAACAAUCCAAAACGCCUGCGGCACACAAGCUAUCCUCUCCGUCAUCCUGAACCACGAUAACCCGCCUAAACCUCUCCCCGCCAUCCCGCUCGGCACUGAGCUUGCCUCCUUCAAAGACUUCACAACUGGCUUCCCGCCCGAACUCCGCGGCGAGGCCCUAUCCAACUCGGAGGCUAUUCGCACCGCACACAACACUUUCGCAAAGUCUCAAUACCCGCCCGAGGAGACACAUUUCAAUCUUAUGGCUGUUGUGCAGGAUCCUCGGCCGCGGGCGCGGGAGAUCGGAGACGCCGAGACGCUAGAGCGGGAGGAGAGGAAGAGGGCUGCGUGGCAGUGGGAGAAUACUCUACGGAGGUGGAACUUUGUUGGGUUUAUUGGGGAGAUGAUGAAGGGGGUUGCUGGGGCUAAGGAGCGAGAUGGGAAGUAUGAUGAGUGGGUUGAUGCUGCCAAGGCUGAGACGAGAAAGAAGAUCGAGAGCAGGAGAGGUGCUUGA